AUGAGAUUAGAUAUAAGGUUAGAGCGUAAAGAAGUAGCAAAAAAAGAAUUAAGAAUACAUAGAAUAAAACAAGAGGAAAAGAAAAGAGCUAUUCAAAGAGCAAAGUUAUACAUGCUCAUUGGGCUGGCUAUACUGCGCCAUGUAUGGGACAGAAUACUGGCCAUAGAUGAGCUAAGAGGUGUCUAUAUAAAGGCAGGUACUAUUACUGAAGGAAAGACCCGAAAUAUUAUAACAAUGCAUGUGCUAAAGGAAGAAGCCAGUAAUAUUGGUCUUAUUCACAGCAAGAGAUUUUUUUCGCCUGAGAUAAAGAUAGAGCACUCUAUAACAGUUACUAAGAAUGACUCUGAAGAUAAUUCAGAAAAACAUGUUCCAAAACACCCGAUAUACACCUACACACGAAACCAGAGGCAGGACAGGGUGCAUCUCAUUCUUCCGUAUGAAGGGGUGUUGCUCAAGUACAAGCGAGCGUACUUUACCACGCUUCUUGAGCUGUUCCCCUCUAUGCACGGGUAUGUAUCCAUAUGGUCAGACAGAGAAGACUCUUUUUUUUCUUUUAUUAACAGGGUAGAUGUAAAAGAGUACAAAUAUAAAAUACUUGCCUCUCUUUUUCUGCUUGCAGAGGGAGUGGAUGUACCACUGGAAAUUAAUAAGAGUGAGAAUGGAACAGUGCUGGUUCUAAAGAAGGCAGAUGAAGGCGAGCACUUCAGACUCAAUAUGAAUAUAGUGGUUAAAACUGGCAAAAAUGCAGAGUCUCUAGAUGUGUUUAAAAGGGUGCUUCAGAAAAAGGCAAUUGAUGUGGUAAGGUUUUUUAUACAGAAUAGAGAAAAUAGAGUUUUUACAGAAGAAAAAGACUGUUCCAGUUUUUUUUACUGUAAAGAGCAUAGGCAAGUUGAUUUUGUAAACAGCCCCGCCUUCCUCAUACAGACUUAUAUACGCCACUGCCUAGAGAGUACAGAGGAGGUAGUUUUAUUCAGGAAGAUAGUGCAUGAUCUGCUAAAUGAGUAUAUGGAGCAAGAAGAAAGCUUUGAAGGACCUCUAAUCAAGCGUUUUAAGCGUAAUCUUAUAAGUGAGUAUAUGGAGCAAGAAGAAGCCUAUUUAGAAGAUAAGCAGAGAAAACAAGAGCUGGCAGCGCAAGCAAAGGACAUGUUUUUUAGAUACUUUAUAUUGGGUAAGCAAAUGUCAAAUGAUGCAAACUACACGAAUGUGAUACAUCCGGCCAAAGAAACAAUUUACAAAUAUUAUGUGAAUCUCUCAACAGAUCUACUGUAUCUUGAGCCAGUUGCAGAUGUUGUUCCUGUUCCAAUAAAGAUGAACAGUUUAGUGUCUCUCUGUUUAGGGGCCAUGGGACUGCGUCUGCCUGCUGUGGAGAAUACCAUUAAUAAUGGUAUUUUCGAGCCCAUUGAGGGAUUUACUGACUACGGCGAGACAGUACUCCUGGGCCUGUUCUGCGCUAUUGCAUAUGAUUGUGAGAAGCACAUAUACACAAUUGACCACAUAAAGUCUGCCUCUAAGGAGCUGAAAAGCUUUUUCCAAAAGCACAGUGGCAUUUAUGGAGAAGUGUUAAAGGAAGUGCACGAUGAGUGGAACAAAGUAGUGGGUGGCCUAGCCAACAAGAAUAUACAAUAUAUGCGGCCAGACAGAAACCAGCUUGUGCCAGGAAUAGUAAACAUGCUGUAUGUCAUUAAAGAGAUAACAGGAGUGGGUGAUACAAAGAAGAUAGAUAAAUUUAGAAAAAGGCUAAAGAGGAUAGAGGAGGGACAGAAGAUUCAGGAAGUAGAGCUUAUUUAUGAGAGACUUACAGAAGAUGCAAACAAUACAGAAGAAAAGAAAAAUGAAAUGAAAUUACAAAUAUUAGGCGUGAUUAAUGUGAAAAGACUGAAUAAAAUAAGGAUCCUUGAAGAGGCACUUAAAGAAGAAAAAAACAAAGAAGAGGCAGAUGAAAUCAAGCUAGAGAUACAGGAACUAAUGGAUAUUAACCGAUUAUAUAAAAGUUAUAUUAAGAAAGAGAAGAUGCUGAAAACUAAACUAGAAAAUGAUAUAAACAAAUAUCUGAAAGAUGUAAUUAAACCAAUUGCAAUCGGUGUGGAUGUCACUAUUUCUAUAGAUUUUAUAUAUAAAGAGACUGUUAAAAAAAGCUGCAGUGAUAUUCUCGGGAUAUUUGCGGUAUAUCGUGGUGAGGAGCUAACCAAUUACUAUAAGUUUUGGUCUUUGUCAAAGUAUACUUCAAAAGGGAUAGAAGUGAAGUGUACAACUGCUUUUAAUUUACAAAAGGAGCCAUGCUCAUUAGAGAACAAACAAUUCGGGGCAUUUGAGAGGAAUGCACUUGCUCGGAUUAUAACUGAAUUAAAGAGAAAAAGUCGUUCUAACCCGAGUGGAUUCCAUCCCACUCUCUUCUAUCGUGAUAAGUGCGAUACUAUAGAUAUGUAUCUGAUUGAUCCUUUAAUGCAUAUCCAAAAUCACAAAAUAUAUAUUAUAUGGGCUCUACUGCUACAUGCAAUAGACAGAAAUCUUGACAGCGACCACCCUUUUGUGCGCCUGGCAGAUAACCUCCUGGAGAGCACUCGCUUCAUGUAUAGAGACAAAAAGAAUGAAAUGUUUAUGCUGCUUAACCUCAUCUCAGUAGACAAGUACUAUCCGCACAUAACCAUAUACGAGCAUGCGUAUGAAAAUGAAAAAUAUUUUGCAAAAGUAAUAGAGAAUCUAUUAGAAUUGGCAAAAAGUACAGCACUUGUGUCCCACAAACAGUGUGCUGAUAUAAUAACCAAACUAAUUAUUAAGUUGUUGAGGACUUUCCGGAGAGAUAAUAGAUAUUCAGGGUUGCAAUGUUUUUUCCUGCAAAACUGUAGUAUACCUAAAGCAAAAUCUUUAUUUGCCAAGAUUUUGACACUGGAUGGAAACACUAUGGAGUAUAUUACUAGAAUUGUUCAAUCUACGCAGGGAAUGGGAAAUGAAGACCCCGCUGAUGGUUGUACGGGAUACAUUAAUGUGCUUUUGAUGUGGAUUAUUCAGAAUGCAAACGAAUCCAGGUGUGAUAAUUGGCAGGAUAUAGCAAAAGAAUGCUAUAACUUAAUUGACGUAACCAAACUCAGAAGGAGCGAUUUUAUAAAUUGUUCUAUGAUAUGGAACCAUAGUAUAUAUAUACCAUCACUGUUUCCAUACCUAAAACCUAUAGUGUGCGUUGAGCAUGAUGCAGAGAGCGUGGAAAGGUUUAGAUCAAUUGAAGAACUAUUUAAUGAACUUGUGCAUUGGUAA